AUGAGUAAUCUAGAUGUGGACUGUCUCGCGACUAUCUUCUCGUUUCUAACUCCCGCGCAGAUUUGCCGCAUGGCUCACGUGUCUCGCACGUGGGCGGCAGCAGCGGCGUCUGACGUCAGCUGGGGCCGUCUCCUCCCCCCUCUUUGCGGCUCGACCUGCUUUCAAAAGGCCCUCGAGGCGCAUCGCGUUGCGAUGUGCACGGGCCUGGGGGAAGCUGGUAUUCCGGGAGCGAUCUUCCCCACGUCCGUCCCCCAUCUGAUCUCCGCCAACCGGUUUCUAAUCAGGGGCGACAUUGAACUCCCCUUCCCCCUUCGGCCUGGCGCCUACGAGGCGGAGUGGCGCAUUGCGCGCGACCCCGCGGAGGGGGAGCGGAGGGAGGCGGAGGAGCGGCUGCUGCGAGAAGCGGAGUGGGCAGAGGGCGCGGAGGAGGAGGCUUGGCGGGACUUGGGGUUGGUGGCGGCCAGCGGGGACGUCGUGUGCGGAAAAGGGAGGGGAAAGGGUAAGGGGCGGAAAGGAAGGAAAACGGGUAAACCCGCGGAUUUGGGGGACGCUCUGCGCGCCAUCAGGGGAAUUGGGCGGAGGGGGGCAAGCGCGCAAAGUACAGGCGGCAGGGCAUUGGGAAUUGGGGCAUCAAAUAAGGGCGCGGAAUUUGAUUUAGGGACAACGAGUGGUGGUGUAGUUAAGGACGAGCUUGAGGAGGAGCUGAAUGACGUGGCAGCGAAGCUGGCGUUUUGGCGAAGCACUCAACAGCGAAGCGUAUUCAAGUGCUGGGAGGAGUGGCCGCUUACGAGCGGGGCGCAGGUGGUAAUCGGGGGAGCGGAGGAGCGGAGGGAGAACGAGAGGGUGGGGGAAGUUGGUGAGGAGGAAGAGGAGGAUGAGGAAACGAUAAGGGAGAGAGAGCUGGAAUGGGAAGAGCACUACGGGAAUUCUGUGGAGAAGCGGAAUUUUGUGAUGUGGAAGGAUACGCUUUCUACACUACCGAACUGGACACAUCUCGAAGCGGGUGUUAUGCUUAUAAAGGGGGACUUUCAAAAGGACGAUGCUGUGGAUGCGCGAUUGCGGAUGCGGCUUUGGGAGACGGAGAGCGGACGCGAUAUGAGCGGAAUAUUUGUGGAUUGCCUUGUUCUCAGAGAGACAGGUUUACCUUGCGAGUGCUUAUGGUAG